AUGGCACGAAAUAAUGCAGAAAAUAAUCACGAAGAAACGCUGCAAACUACUAUUCAAUUUGAUCAUCAUAUUUGUAGUCUGGUACAAGGUAAUGUUAAUGAGUUUCUCAAGCUACGUGAAGAACUUCUUACGAAUGCAAACAUAAGACGUUUGGCAGGAUUCAAUGAUGUUCUAGCACGUUUAAUCGAUGGGUCACGUAUUAAACAACUGAAUUCGCGUAUUAGUUCGGAUAAACUUCACAUAGCACUUUGUGGUGAAAAUUCAAGUGGUAAAACAGCGUUUUUACAUACGUUUUUGGGUAUCGGUAAAAUUCUACCGUCUGGUGAUGGUCCUGUUACAGCACGAAUCACGAAACUGACGUAUGCUUCGAGUGAACAAGCAUGCAUCUAUGUUCGAAAAACACUACGAGAUCAAACACUUGUCGAAGACAAAGUGAAUCUUUCGGCUUUUUUUAUUAGCGAAAAGCCUCAAUGGAUUAAUGUCGGACGUGCCCUCUCAAAACAUGUUAAACGACCGGAAGAUAUUGAUCCAGCUUCACAUGAAUUUGCCGAAUGGGCGCGAUGUCUUGUGGAAAUUCAUAUUCCAUCACCAACUUUAGCUUUGGGAAUCGAUGUAUACGACACACCUGGUUUUCUUUCCGACGAUGCUCCAGUUCUCAAGGAAAUUUUACACGAACUAGUCGAACUAAUUCAUCCUACGAUUAUCUUCAUGUACGGCAACCCAUCUACGGAUGAUGCUACGAAAGGUUGCUUUUUAGCGAUGAAAACUGCUUUGCAGGACUUAGAUAGCACUAAUAUUUUCUUUCUGAAUUCAAAAGCAGACAUAACUAAAAUGCCAAAAUUCAAGAAUGGUAUGAACGUCGACGAAUUUCGUGCUGUAUUAGCUGAUGAACGAGCGCAACGCUAUCAUUUAUUGUUGCGUGCUCCUUUUCUUUCUAAUGAUAGAUUAGAAGGUUUACCUGCAUCGAUUGAUGAAUGCUAUUGUUUUGAUUUGUGCAGUGUUAAUUCACAAUCGAUUAAACCAUAUGGUCCAUUGAUGAAUGAAACUACUGUUCAAAAUAUUAUUCAAUUUGUGGUCAACAAUGAUAUAGCUAUGGGUACACGUGCAUGUAAAGUUAUAUUGCCUAUCAUCGAUGCAUUUUUCAGUCUGUUAAUUUUAACAAGUCAUCGUACAUUAGGACACUUGUUGAAAUUGCGUAAUGAUGCUAUGAAGUGGGAAAAAAAUUAUUUUCAAGCAUACACGAUGCACAUAGAAAUUUGUUUGAGUAAUCUUUUUUCGAACAUUUUUCAACAGUUUAAUACACAAAAACAGUGUAUCACAGAAGCAUUGUCAAAUAUACGCACAAAUUCAGAUCCUUUUCAACCUACAUUAAUAACUACUGUACGCCUUCAAAUAAUAAAGCCAGCGGUUCGAGAUACGCUUCGAACAUUUAUGAAUUAUGUACUCGAGCAUAUAAUAGGAAAUAAUGAUUUCCCACAGAAUGCAGCCUUCAAUGAAAUCUUGAUUGGAGCAUUAGGCACUCAAGAAAUUAGUGAUUUUGUAGCACUCUUACUCGGUGAACUCAAGAUGAAAACAACUGUUAGUGCUGGUAUAUUAUACAUGGUGAACACAAUAUCGAUACCAAUUGUGCAAUGUGCUCGAAAUCUAGAAAAUUUGAAUUUCUCCGAUGAGAUUACAGGUGAUACAUUAUUAGCUUACACAAAAGAACCACAUAGCAAUCAAAAUGAGAUAUCCAAACAGCAAAUAGAUGGUAUUGUUCAUAGAUAUUUAUUGAGUAUGCAGAAGAUUAUCAAAAAGCAACAAGAUACAAUGCAACAAGCAGUAAGAUUAUGGGGAGAUCAGCAAAAGGCGACACUAAGAUCGCUCAUUGACUAUCACUAUGAAAAAGUACUACCUCAACUCGAUUCUCACGAAGAAAUUCUCAAUCAUUUAGAACAAUAUGCUCCGCGUCUUAUUAUGAUCGAAUGUCGACUUUGUGCAACCGAGGAUAUGGCAAAAUUCAAUGAUAGUAAACCGAAGAUUUGUAGUGGCAAUGUUAAAUCGACUGUCUUCAGUAUAUUUACGAGCAACUGGGGAGAAGAAAAAAAUUUAGUUGUGAAAAAACUUAGUCGAUCUCUAAUUAAUCAACCGAUGGCAGCUUAUUAUGAAGCACACUAUCAUAGGCAAGUAGCCAACUUAUGUCAUCCGAAUAUUAUUAACCUUCGUUAUUUUUACGAGCACUAUCUCGAGGAUGGAACAUCCGAAUUAUGGAUGAUUUUUCCAUCAUUGACACAAAGUUUGGCACAGUUUUUAUCACAGUGUUCAACAACACUUUCGAUUAAAAUGGUUCUUCAAUGGAUGAAUGAUAUUGUUGAUGCACUAAUAACUUUACACGAGAAUGCACUCGUUCAUCGAAAUGUCGUAUUAAGUAAUAUCAUUGUUACUGAAGAAAGUCGAGUUCUAUUAAUUGACUUGGGCGAUUGGUGCGAAGAUUGUGAUCUCAGUUUGCGUCAUAAACUAUCAUUAACUUUCAAUGGAACGAACGAUGACAUAAGAGGAUUUGGCCGGUUUGCCGAUAUAGGCAACAUCCUUCCGGCAGGUAUUGGGCCUGUAACAGCACACAUUGUUCAGCUGACCUAUGCACCAGCCGAACAAGCAUUCUUUCGUGUUUACGAUACAAUUGAGAAAACAUCAGUCCAAUGCGAAGGUGAUCUAUCACAUUUAUUUGAAAAUCAAUUACAACCCAAUUGGGCAGGUGUCACCGAUAUUAUACAACCUCAUGUGAAACGGCCUAGUUAUAUUGAUGAAAAGUCGCCCGAAUUCAAUGAAUGGGCUAAGUGUUUUGUUGAAAUUGCAUUACCAUCAAAAGUCCUCGCAUUAGGUAUUGACAUCUACGAUACACCCGGUUUCCUUUCAGACAACCGUGAACAAGUUUUAACUGAUAAUUUGCAUAAGCUUGUGAAACGUAUUAAACCCACCUUGGUCUUUCUUUACGAAAAUUCUACAAUUAGUGAUACCGAUAAGAAUUGUUUUCUGGCCAUGAAGAAUGCUCUGGGUUCUAUGGGACGUGUAUCGGUAUUUUUCUUGAACACUAAAGCAGAUUGCAUAUCGAUUGCUAAUGAUUAUUUACUUGAUGAUGAUCCAGAAAGCGUAACAUCCGAUCUCUUCAGUGAUAAGCUACGUGAAAAACGACAACACUGCUACAAUCUCCUUCUUCGACGACGCGAAAUGGCCAACGAAGUUCUUGGUGGCUUGCCAAAGUUGGUUGAUGAGUGUCCAUGUUUUGAUAUUUGCACGGUUCCAGGCGAUUUCGAUCCAUGGGAGGAGUAUUCAAAUUUGAUUAAUACAUUCAGCUUUCAACGUCUAGUCGAAUACGUCGUGAAAGCCUAUUCUACGCCAACACUAACAUUAGCACGUGAUAUACUCUUUACUAUUGAUGAUUAUUUCGAUGUGACUGUUUCAACAUCCGUUCGUCUACCAAAUCAAUGGAAGGCUCUUCGCGAUGAAGCCAUAAAAUGGGGUCGCAAGUUUUUUGAUGAAUACAAGAAAAUAUUACCCACACUGACUGAUGAUUUAACCACAAACAUUUUGAAUUUACUGGAAAGGUCAAAAGGAGAAAUUGUUAAGCAAGCCGCUUUAAUGAUACGUAAUGAUGAUCCUAUUGAUAGACUUCUACAAGACAGUCGUAAAACAAUCAUAGACUACGUUAGAAUAGCCGUUCAAGAACAAGUAAUUAAGGUAGCGGCGAAUGAUGUAAUAAUUAAAAGACGAGAUGAAGUGAAGAACUUUAUCGCUGGUCAUUUUCAACAAUAG